CCGGAUGAGCUGUCCCUCUCAGCGUGUGUGUGUGUGUGUGCAUGGCACAGCGUCUUUCCGGUAUAACGUGUGUGUUGAUCGGUGCUCAGCCUUUUUCUCUUGGCUUUCAUUAGAACAGCUCACUCCAGAGUCCCAGCUCCCUUCACCUGCUCUCCCCUGAACGGCGUAAGAUCUCCAAACCAGUGGACAUGGCUUCCGUUUCAGCUCAGGCUCAGAGUGCCCCCUCCUCGGCUGCCCCUCUGCAGAGGGGGAUUGUGAAAAUGGUCCUGUCAGGCUGCGCCAUCAUUGUGCGGGGCCAGCCUCGAGGCGGGCCCCCACCGGAGCGUCAGAUCAAUCUCAGCAACAUCCGAGCAGGAGCCAUGGCACGCCGAGCCGCACAGGGCCAGCCCGACACCAAGGACACCCCCGACGAGCCCUGGGCCUUCCAAGCCAGAGAAUUCCUGCGGAAGAAACUGAUCGGCAAAGAAGUGUGCUUCACGGUGGAGAUUAAGACCGCUUUGGGCCGAGAGUACGGCAUGGUUUACCUGGGGAAAGACACGAGUGGUGAGAACAUUGCCGAGUCUCUGGUGAACGAGGGUCUCGCCACAGUCCGCAGGGAAGGAAUCCGAGGGAACAAUCCAGAGCAGGCGCGACUCUGUGAGUUGGAGGACCAGUCGAAGGCUUCCAAGAAGGGCAUGUGGAGCGAGGGCGGCGGCACACACACCAUCCGCGACCUCAAGUACACCAUAGAGAACCCCCGCAACUUCGUCGACUCCUUGCACCAGAAACCCAUCAACGCCAUCAUCGAACACGUGCGCGACGGCAGCGUUGUUCGCGCCUUGCUGCUCCCCGACUACUACCUGGUCACCGUUAUGCUGUCUGGCGUGAAGUGUCCCACAUUCAAGAGGGAAGCAGAUGGUACAGAAACACCGGAGCCGUUUGCCGCCGAGGCCAAAUUCUUCACCGAAUCCCGUCUUCUCCAGCGAGACGUGCAGAUCAUCCUGGAAAGCUGCCCGAACCAGAUCAUACUGGGCACCAUCCUCCACCCGAACGGUAAUAUUACAGAACUGCUGCUGAAGGAAGGCUUUGCCCGCUGCGUGGACUGGUCCAUGGCCGUUUACACCCAGGGAGCUGAGAAACUGCGAGCCGCUGAACGAUCUGCGAAAGAGCGCAAGGUCCGCAUAUGGAAAGACUACGUGGCGCCCACGGCCAACUUGGACCAGAAGGACAGACAGUUUGUAGCCAAGGUGAUGCAGGUGGUCAAUGCCGACGCCAUGGUGGUCAAGCUCAACUCCGGGGAAUACAAAACCAUCCACCUGUCCAGCAUCCGGCCCCCCAGGAUCGAAGGAGAGGAGAAGAACAAGGACAAAGACAAACGCUUCCGUCCACUCUACGACAUCCCCUACAUGUUCGAGGCCCGAGAGUUCCUCAGGAAGAAGCUCAUCGGUAAAAAGGUUAACGUGACAGUGGACUACAUCAGAGCGGCCACCGGUCCAGGAGAGAGCACGCCCGCCUUCGCAGAACGCACCUGUGCCACGGUCACUAUUGGCGGCAUCAACAUAGCCGAGGCUCUGGUCAGCAAAGGCCUGGCCACGGUCAUCAGAUACAGACAGGACGACGAUCAGCGCUCCUCCCACUAUGACGAGCUGCUUGCCGCAGAGGCACGGGCCAUCAAGAACGGGAAAGGACUGCACAGCAAGAAGGAGGUUCCCAUCCACAGAGUGGCCGACAUCUCCGGGGACACGCAGAAAGCCAAGCAGUUCUUCCCCUUCCUGCAGAGAGCCGGCCGGUCGGAAGCGGUAGUAGAAUACGUCUUCAGCGGCUCUCGCCUCAAGUUGUACAUGCCCAAAGAAACCUGCCUCAUCACGUUCCUGCUCGCUGGUAUCGAAUGCCCACGCAGUUCCAGGAAUUUGCCCGGAGGGAUGCAGGUGGCCGAGCCCUUCAGCGACGAAGCCAUGCUGUUCACCAAAGAGCUGGUGAUGCAGAGAGAGGUGGAAGUUGAAGUGGAGAGCAUGGACAAGGCGGGGAACUUCAUCGGCUGGCUGCACAUCGAGGGGGUGAACCUGUCCGUGGCGCUGGUGGAGAGCGCCCUGUCCAAGGUGCACUUCACAGCGGAGCGCAGCGCCUACUACAAAACCCUGGUCUCAGCAGAAGAGGCGUGCCGGCAGAGGAAAGAGAAGAUCUGGGCCAAUUACGAGGAGAAGCCGGUGGAGGAGGUCGUGCAUCUGUCCGAGGAGAAGGAGCGCGUGGCCAACUACAGAGCGGUGUACGUCACCGAAAUCACCGACACCCUGCACAUCUACGCCCAGGACGUGGAGACAGGAGCGCAGUUAGAGACUCUGAUGGAGACCAUGAGAGCAGAGAUCGCCGCCCAGCCUCCCGUGGAAGGGUCUUUCUCCGCACGCCGAGGGGACUACUGCAUAGCCAAGUUUGCUGAUGGAGAAUGGUACAGAGCCCGGGUGGAGAAAGUUGAGUCGCCAGCAAAGGUCCACGUCUUCUACAUUGACUAUGGCAAUAGAGAAGUUGUGUCAUCCACCCAUCUGGCCGCGAUGCCUCCCGCCUUCAGCACCAGGACCCUGCCAGCACAGGCCACCGAGUAUGCCUUCGCCUUCAUCCAGGUCCCGCAGGACGAGGACGCGCGUGCCGACGUGGUCGACUGCGUGGUGCGCGACAUCCAGAACAGCCAGUGCCUGCUGAACGUGGAGUACUCGGGCGCCACCUGUCCGCACGUCACGAUACAGUUCGGGGACACCAAGGACGACGUGGGCCUGGGCCUGGUCAAGGAGGGCUGGGUCAUGGUGGACGUCCGCAAGGAGAAGCACCUGCAGAAGAUGGUGACGGAGUACCUGAACAGUCAAGAAUCUGCCAAGAGUGCCAGGCUCAACAUUUGGCGCUACGGAGACUUCCGCGCAGACGACGCCGACGAGUUUGGUUACAGCCGUUAAAAAAAAAAGAGAAAAAAAUCAUGGAAGAAAGGAGAAAAAAAAAAAAAACAGAAUUGACCAUCCGAUAAACACCAUUCCAAAGACCAACGUGGACGGCAAGUGAUGUAUUGGACAGAAGAUGAAACUAAACGACAAGCAUUGACUCACUCUCCCUCCGGUUCGGCUUUUCACUCUGCUCACACUCUUACUUUCCUCUCCGCUCAUGCUAGCAACGCUAAAAAUAAUGAGAAAAAAAAAAGAUAAUCAUGCAAAAACCACCUUCUCUAUCCAUCCUGUUUUCCCGCGCCCGCCACUGCCAGCUCCAGCAGCCUGCACUAUUGCCAACCUGUGUUAUUUGCCAUGUUUCCUUCUCAGCAUACUUCCUUUGUGGAUGAUGAUCAUGAUCAUGAUAAUAAUCGAUUUUAGCCAUUCAUGUUCUCUGCUCGCACCCGGUCCCCGCUUUUUCCUCUCCUCCCCCCGCCACACGGGGCCGGGUGCUUUCGGGAAAAGUUCCCCCACAUGCUUCCCGCACACAUCUCUUGUAAAUGUGAGGAUACGUCGAAAAGGUGUAAAAUUGCUUUAUUCUAAAGAAAUACUGUAGGUGGAGCCACACAGAC